ACUCCGCAUCAGUCGGCAGUUCCCAAUAAACCUCACCCGUGAAAGGUUGUCUAAACAGUGGGUGACCGCCGAGAGGUUCUUAACGUUCAGAGGUCUGACGUGUUUGUGAAGGUGAUCGUUAGCGACGAAACCCGAAGUGCUCUCAGCCUGUGACACGAUGGUCGUCCUGCAGCCCAUCAAGCCCGGUGCGCCCAGAUUCACCCUGGCCCUGAAGCGUGGGCGGGCGAGACGGGCGUUGUCUCUCCUGGGCACCAACGACGCCCAGCAGAACCUCCAGCUGGCCGAGUCCCUGCUCACCAUCUCCUCCGAGGACUUUGCCAAGAAGUGGAAUUUCGACCCCGUGCGGGAGAUGCCCCUGGAGGGCGGGCGGUUCCAUUGGACGCCCGUGGCGGCGCCCGAGGCCAGGCACAGUGCCAGCGAGAACGAGGACCUUCAGGCUUGUCUCAGCGUGCCCAGCCUCGACUUGCCCCGGCCGGGUGCGGCGGCCGAGGGCGUGCAGGAGGUGGUAGCGGAGUGUCGCCUCGUUGUGGCUUCCCUCGAGGCUGGAAGACCCACGUGUCUCUCCAGCGCCGCGCCCGCGCACGCCCGCGCCCAGACCGGCCAGUCGUGCCCGCAGUGCCCCGACUCCGCCGCCGCCGCCGCGCCCGCCGCUGCGCGCAGAGUCGCUCCCGCCCAGAACGCCAGAGACGACGCACCCGCGGCAGCCAAGGCGGUCACGGAACCUGCGCCCUCAGAUGCCCCGGCGGCGAGAGUGCCCAGCGCAGACGCCUCCACGCCCACGCCCGCGCCGCAGCCAGAGAACACCCCAGCCCAGCCCACGCCCGCAGAGGUCACGGUCUCAGCGGAGGCCACGCCCACAGAAACCACCAGUUCGGCGCUACCUACGGCCGCCGCCCUCAGCCUCCGCCAGACGUGCAUCACAGAUUUCGUGAAGCCACGCAAGAGACGCGCCGUGAGCCUAGAGUCCCAUUACCACGUGCCACACAAGAAAGCUCUUCUGCAGUUGCGGGCGUGAGGUACUCUUAUCAGCCCCAACGCCCUUGGAAGAGGAAGAAGAAGAAGAGGAGGAGGAGGGAGGAGGAGGAGGAAGGAGGACUGAAGGAAGGAAGGAAGGAAGGAAGGAAGGAAGGAAGGAAGGAAGGAAGGAAGGAAGGAGAACUGGAGACGCGACUGAAGGAUGAAGGAUGCUGGAGACCAAAGACGCGCGGUCCUGCUUCAGGAGGAGUGGGGCGAGCUAGGAGGGAAGGCGUAGGAGGCGACCCGCGGGAGGGAGGGAGGGAGGGAGGGAGGGAUUUGCCUCACAUUUUGCUGAAUGGAAGUCGUCAUUGUAAAGUCAAUUCACUUUUACUUCCGCUGUUUUGCUUUUUUUUUCUCUCUCUUUUCUUUUCUUUUCUUUUCUUAUUCGCAUCCACACCUAAAUGUGGAUCAAAACCUGUUUUUUAAUAUAUAUAUAUUUUAGUUAAGGUUUAAAAAGAGAAUUGUAAACUAUUCACUAACCAAUACUUUAGCCUCUCUUCACCAAGAAAGUACUAGUCAUAUAUAUUUGUACAUAGUAAAGACAUUUUUUUUUCGAAUUUAAUAUAAACAUUGGGUGUUGGCUUUACCAGGUAAUUUACCAUUAAAAAAAAAACAGGGCUCAAUCAAGUUCUACCUCUGUUACUCUGUUUACGUUGAGUUCCUCUUAAUGUGUUAUUUAUUGUCUGUCUUAAGUUUAAGUGUGUGUGUGUGUGUUUGUAUAUUUUUAAAAAAUAAUUUAUUAAUCGCUGAUUUCUAAGUUAUUGUAUGUUUGGUUGUGGCAUCCAGAGACUUUUCUAGUACCACACAACCUAAGUCGCUGAACAAGCUUUAAUUGCGUUGUAAAUAAAGACAGAAAGAUGAAAAG